CAGUCAAACUAGCAUCUUGGGGGUAGAAAGCUCGUCUGUCAAACACUAGACCUUCUUGGUGGCUUAGCUCUUGCUUGAUUCUUCAGUCCUCACAUUCAUCAUACCCCCAUUGGUCUAAUUGGAGAUAACACCUGGUCACCUACCUACCUUGUGCUAUCUCUCCACCAUGGCUACCACCACUACUAGCCCGACUUCCACCACCCCGGCUCCCGUUUUCCCUCGUAGCCAUGUCGGUUUCGACAGUAUCACCUCGCAAAUUGAACGGAAGCUGCUCAAGCGCGGCUUUCAGUUUAACGUGAUGUGUGUUGGCCAGACGGGUCUUGGGAAAUCCACCUUGAUCAACACUAUCUUUGCCUCCCACUUGAUUGACUCGAAGGGUCGUCUGACUCCUAAUGAGCCCGUCCGCUCGACCACGGAAAUCCAGACCGUCUCCCAUAUUAUUGAGGAAAACGGUGUACGCCUUAGGCUAAAUAUCGUGGAUACCCCUGGAUAUGGCGAUCAAGUCAACAACGAUAGAUGUUGGGACCCCAUCGUGAAAUACAUCAAGGACCAACAUUCCGCGUACCUCCGAAAGGAACUUACUGCCCAGCGUGACCGUUACAUUCAAGAUACCCGCAUUCACUGUUGCUUGUUCUUCAUUCAACCGUCUGGGCAUGCCCUCAAACCUAUUGAUAUCGUUGUCUUGAAGAAGUUGUCCGAUGUCGUCAAUGUUGUUCCUGUGAUUGCCAAGGCUGAUUCGCUCACCCUUGAGGAACGUCAGGCGUUCAAGGAAAGAAUUAAGGAGGAGUUUGCCUUUCACAACUUGAAGAUGUACCCGUAUGAUAACGAUGAGCUCGACGACGAGGAGCGCGCGGUCAAUGCCCAAAUCAAGGACAUUAUCCCCUUUGCUGUUGUCGGGAGUGAAAGGACUAUUGUGGUCAAUGGCCAACAAGUUCGCGGCCGACAGAACCGCUGGGGUGUUAUCAACGUGGAGGAUGAGAAUCACUGUGAAUUUGUUUACCUGAGAAACUUCCUCACUCGCACCCAUCUCCAGGACCUUAUUGAGACCACAAGCCAGAUCCACUACGAGACCUUCCGUGCUAAGCAGCUUCUUGCCCUCAAGGAGAGCAGUGCAGCUGGCGGUCACAGUGGUGGAAGCCGGCCCAUCAGCCCCUCUGCCGACAGAGAACUUAGCCGCAACUCUCAACGAAUGACUAUGAAUGGUUAUUAACGUCGUCUUGGGAGUGUCAAGGAUAUAUCUCAGUAUUCCAUGGAACAAGCCAUGCAUACAAGCUGUUUCCAUACAUAGGCGCAAGCGCAGACAACUACAGAAAAGUCUCGAGCAUCCCUCCCUUCUUUUUUCUUUCUAUCUCAUACAUAACUCCAGAUUCAUACCAGCAUGUUACAGAUAUCCUUUUAACUACUGAUUUCUUCUUGUCCUACUUUGUCUCCUAUGUUUCUGUCUCCCAGUAUGGAAAGUGACUGGCUUUACCCCAUUUCUUACGUUCGAAAUUGUUAUUGCAGACUUGACAGCGACUAGCAAUGAUAGCCCUUGCGUCAUCCUUCUCGUCUUAUGUACUUAAUUUCCUUAAUUAUCACUUCAUGAGGAAAAUACACUCGGUAUUACCUAAUAACA